CUUCCGGGUUACGUCAACAUUAGCUGGAGCAAUGACAUUGUACCAAGCAACACACAAGUCACUUAUCCAACUUAUUCGUGCAUCAUUUCACAUGCUCUGAAAGCUGAAGUGGGUACUGGCAUUGCCGAUACCAUGUCGACCCCCACCUCGGGCUUCACGGAGGACCGACACCGCGGAGGAGCACAGGGUCCAGUGGGCACUGACUACAUCCCCACAGAAGAGGAGAGGCGGGUUUUCUCAGAGUGUAACAUGGAGAGCUUCUGGUUCAGGUCUGUGCCCUUCACUGUGAUCAGCAUGGGUAUCACUCAAGUCCUAGUGUCUAGAGGAACCCUGUCUGCAUCUCCAAGGUUUGGAUCUCUACCUAAAAUUGCCUUUGCUGGCUUCUGUGGCUACUUGGCUGGAAAGUUGUCAUACAUGAAGACAUGCCAGGAAAAGUUCAAGAGAUUAGAGAACUCUCCUUUGGGAGAAGCCCUCAGACAGAGGACUGGACUGCCACCACAGUAUUCCAAGGGUUCUCAGUCGGAGUUGAGUGAUCCAGACACCCAGUCAUUUGACAGCAUGUUCCAGCCAGCCGAGUCCCAGAGUCAGACUCCUGCCCACAACAAAGAUUAUAGUUAUGGGUACAAUUCAGAACCACAGAUGCAAACGGGGAGAGAUGAUGACUUCAGUGCUCCAGUCCAAGCCCAAGUGGAAGAAGAAGAGCCCAGGAGGAAGCCCAUAUUCUAUGAAGACCUGAGGCUCAAGAACAGAGAGAAUUAUGAAGUGACGCUCACUCAGAAGGCUGAGACCCUGCUCAAACCCCAACCUCAGAGAGAGUCAGAAAGACCUCAGAAAGAAGUGAAGAAGAACAUCUAUGGAGAUACCUGGGAAGAAUGAUUUAGUAUCUGAGUUGAUAUGUCUUAAAGGAGUGAUAAUUUGCUUUUUUUUAAAUGGAAUUAUGCAUUUUAAAACAUUUCCCUGUGGUCUAAAUAAACUGUAAAUGCUAUGCUUGGA